CCACCUGUUUUUCUUUCUCGUAAACCCAUCCUUCUGGCUUGCUGUGACUAGCUAGAGAACCUUCGAUGUGUUAAGUGCUUGAUGAACAGGAAGAGCUGCUGCUGCUUUGCUUUUUGAGAGUGGAGCUGGAUUUUUAGUUUUUAAUUUGGCAGGAAGUUUCUGCCAACUUCCUAACAGAGAUCGGCUUCGAGAGUCUGGCAUAGAGAAAGGAAUAAGAAAACCAUUCCAGCAGCGAUGGAGGUCCUGGUGCUGAUGGACUUUGUGGGUAAUCUGGAUGAUGAGCUGGUCAUAAAGGCAGGAGACAUCAUCAAGAACGUGAAGCAGUCGAUGGAAGAGGGCUGGCUGGAAGGAGAACUGAACGGGAAGCAGGGAGUUUUUCCUGCGAAUUUCGCGAAGGAAAUACCCGUGUAUUUAACAGGGGAUUCUCAAAGAAUACCAAGAAGCAUUCGAACAUCAAAAACAGUAAAGAAGAAACCCACAAAGUAUGAAGCAGUCUUUGCGUACACUCCCAUGAAUUUGGAUGAGCUGGAGUUGACUGUGGGCGAUGUGAUUGACUUCAUUAAGGAGAUAGAAGAUGGAUGGUGGCUUGGAGCGAAAAAUGGGAAAGCAGGGGCUUUCCCAUCUAACUUUGUCAAAGAAGUUUCUCCUAAAGAUGCCAAGUUGAAUGAAACAAACAGUGGUGCAAAAAUAAGGCCCAAGCUAUCAGAAUGUAACUUCAAUAAAGAGCCAAAGCAGGAGAAGUCAAGUCUCAGAGUGAAGCACAAAACCAACAAUGUCAAGGAAUGUUGUCAAGUGAUGUUUGAUUACACUGCCAAUGCUGAAGAUGAGCUGACCUUAAAGAAAGGGGAAAUUGUUACAAUUAUCAGUAAGACGACGGAGGACGAAGGAUGGUGGGAGGGAGAAAUUAAUGGCAAACAUGGCUUCUUUCCGGACAACUUUGUGAUGGCCAUUCCCACACAGCCUCUCGAGUCUGGGGACGCAAACCAUCCUCCAGUGCGCAAAGGCAGCAGGAAGGCAUCGGUGAAACAAGAGGCUUUGCUCAUGGAGAAAAAGAUAUUUGAACAGGCCCAUCCUAUCCCCUGUGCAAAAGGAGAGGCAAAUGAGGAGAAACACGAGACAAAAGACCUCAGAAGUGACCCGCCUUCCAAGGUGCAGCUCCCAGUCAUCAAAAAAGUUCCUCCCCCAAUAAAAACCAAGCCCCCCAAAAACCUUCCCAUACGGCAAAAUGGAGACCUGCCUCCCUUGUCACCCAAACAUGCAGAAGACACAACUGACAAAGUAAAGGAAAAAGAGCCAGAUCAGUUUGAUGGAGUGGACGUGACUACAGACAAACUGUCUCACCCCACCGCCAACAGAGCUAAGCUUCCUGGAAGGAGACCCCCCACCAACCUGCAUUGGGGCGCCACAGCUCAGAAACCGGUUCCUAGUACCUCUGAAACUAAUGACGAAGUUAGUCAACUUCAGUCAAAGCUACCAGGAGUUCACAAGGUAAUAGAAAAUCCUACAGCAGGAAAGCCUGAUCCACUUGCCAAGAUCUCUCCCCUACAGAAGCCCGUCCCAUCCAAACCCAGAGAGGAGCCCGGGGCCUCAGUGGAGAAGCUGAGAGCAGAGGUCAAGGAGCUGAGCUUGGCUCUGGAGAUCCUGAAGGCUCUGCACCUGAAAGACACAGAGGACUUAAGGCAGGAGCUGAAAGAUGAGAAAGCAAAACGCACUGCACUGCAGGACGAAGUGCAGCUUCUUAAGAAAGCUUUCAACAACCACUAGCAUUCCGAAAAACUCUCUUUAUUCUUUCCUGGUGUUUUUUUUACUGUGUUACACUCCUGAGAACUUUACAGAUGAGCUUAUUUUUCCUGACAAUUUAGAUGCAUCUGAGGUGAGAGACGAAGGUAUUGCCAUUUUGCUGUGGAGGUGGGGGCUGAUAAAACAGUACAGUUUUCUCAUUUGUUUGGCUCAGUAUGAUGUACAAUUUUGUAUUGUAUUUUAUUGUUAUCUCCAUAUAUUUAUGUAUAUAUGAAUCAUGUGUGUAUAUAUAUAGGUACACAAAAACCAUACCUCAUGCCAGAGUAAUCAGACUGUAAUUACCUGUAUUGACAGAUACAGUUAUUUUUACUAAUAAAAUGAAUGAAUGAAUAGUCUUUAAUGAAAUUAAAAAUACUUACAACAAAGAUAAUGUAAAUUAUUGUAUUCCUUAAGUUUUCGGUUUAUUAUUUUUCUAAAAAACUAGAAAAUAUAAAAGUCUGCAAAAAUGCAGUCUACAUGUGGUUGUAACUAUGCUUUAUGGCCAUGGGCCCACAUUAGGUUUGAUUUACGUUAAUUUACUUGACAUUUUUAGAUUGUUUUAACUUUUAGCUUUUCUUCACAGCACUACCUCAAACGUGCUACACUGUGGUAGAACUGCUGUCUUUUAAAAGCAAGGGGAUUCAAGAACUUGAUACAUUGUGAUGAUUUUUUAAAUGUCUGUUUUAUUGUGUUAUAUAAUAUAAACAUAUACGCUAUUAUAUAAGAGAAAAAGUACUGGGUUUUUUUUCUUGCUCUGUUUUAAAAAAAAAUAGUUUGGCAAACGGCUCACAGUGGCUCUUAUUGCUGUUCCCGUGAGCUGUAAAAGAAAGAAAACUCCUUUUGAAAUACUGAGAAAUAAACCAGGCUGCUCUUGAACUGUUACACUGCCCGAAACUGAAAUAAACUUCUGAUUUACAGGAGAAG